AGAGCAAUCGAUUGCAAGGAUCCUCAAUCGACGUAUACAAACUGAGUUUGAUAUAUAAUGGUAUAAUAGCACAUGGCAAACUCACCUGCGUUAUUAUGGCAUUGAGGCGAGCCUUGCAUUUCGUUUUCAAAGUGGGUGACAGAAGCAAAACGGCCACCUUUUACCGAGAUGUGCUCGGCAUGAAGAUUUUGCGUCACGAAGAGUUUGAAGAGGGAUGCAAGGCCACUUGUAAUGGCCCUUAUGAUGGAAAAUGGAGCAAGACAAUGGUCGGCUUUGGUCCAGAGGAUGAUCACUUUGUGGCUGAACUGACCUACAAUUAUGGAGUGGGAGAAUAUCGCCUUGGCAAUGACUUCCUGGGUCUGACUCUGCAGUCUAGCCAGGCUGUCAGCAAUGCUAAGCGGCUUGGUUGGCCCCUCACUGAGGUUGGAAAGGCCCUCUAUCUGGCUGAGGCCCCAGGAGGUUAUCGCUUCUACCUGGUGGACAAACAACAGCCUCCCAAUGAUCCUGUACAGAAGGUGUGUCUGGCAGUGUCUGACCUGCAGAAAUCAACACACUACUGGUCCUCCCUUCUGGGGAUGAAGGUGAUAGAGAGAAGUGAGGAGAAGAAGACUGUGCUGAUGGGAUUCGCAGACUCUCAGUGUAAACUAGAGCUUCACAACAUUGGUGGGACAGUAGAUCAUGGGACAGCCUUCGGGCGGAUAGCAUUCUCUUGUCCACGUGAGCAGUUGGCAGAUCUUGAAGCCCUGAUGACAAAAGAAAACCAUAAAAUACUUACUCCCUUGGUUAGCCUGAACACUCCUGGGAAGGCUACAGUAGAAGUGGUCAUUUUGGCUGAUCCAGAUGCCCAUGAGAUCUGCUUUGUGGGAGAUCAGGCAUUCAGACAACUCUCCCAGAUGGACCCCAGUGGAAAUGCAUUGCUGGAUAAGGCUAUGGCUGAAGAUAAAAGUGAUGAGUGGUUUGCCAAGCACAACAAGCAGAAGGCUUCAGCAUAAGUGCUUAGAACAUAGCUGAGCUGUCAUGGAUCUACAGGACAUUUCCAACCACUGUACCUGGAUGUGUUUGUGAACACUCCAAUAGAGGUGUAGAGCAUGGGCUCUCUAAUUGUCUGUACCUUUUGCCUCAUAUAUGGUAUUACCCUUCCAGCUGCACGAUGUCAGUAGAUUUUACUCAACCAGAAGUAUUAUUUUGAGAUGCUUAGAAUGAGACUGAAAGUGUAGCUGUAUUUCAGUCAUACUGUGGCAAAAGCUUGAUGAACAUGGACCACUUUUAUAUUAACCUUGUUUGUGUAUGCAUUGAAAAAAAUCGUGCCUAUUCAGCUCAAUUAAAUAAAUAAAACACUGUAAUAAUUGUGA